CUCAUGAAUCGAUCAUUUGUCUCUGGCUACAUAUAAAUAUAUAUAGUCUCUCAUAUAUACAUCUCCAAGGGCCAUCUUCUUUAUUUUCGUUCCCUUAUGGAAUUUCAGACGCAUAUCUUCCUUUCCUUUGUUCUCAUUUCUUGUUUUCUAUCCUCUUCCCUUGCCUCCAAAUUCUCUGUAGGCGGAAGAGAUGGGUGGGUCUUGCAUCCCUCUGAGAGUUACAGCCACUGGGCUGAGAGAAACAGGUUCCAAGUCAAUGAUACUCUAGUCUUUAAGUAUAAGAAAGGGACGGACUCUGUGCUGGUUGUGAACAAAGAUGAUUACUACAACUGCAACACAAAGAACCCCAUCAAGAAAUUGGAGGAAGGUGAUUCUGAGUUCCAGUUUGAUAGGUCUGGGCCAUUCUUUUUCGUCUCUGGAAAGGACCAAAGCUGUGAGGAAGGACAGAAACUGAACGUUAUUGUUUUGGCUGUAAGACACUACAACAAAAACCCUCCUCCUUCAUCUCCGAUUCCAAUUCCUCCAAAAGCCGCCCCAGCUCCAGGUACUGAGGCCCCGGUGUCUCCCAAAGCAUCCCCUCCUGCACACUCAGCUGGACCGGCCUUGGCCCCAACAUCACCAUCCCCUGUGUCCAAUGCUCCGAAAGCAUCACCAGCAUCAGCUCCAUGGUCUUAUGGGCCUGUGCCAGCGUCGUCGCCACCAACGACGACAUCUUCUCCAGCAGCCGGCAGUCCAACUACGCCAGCAACGGAGCCGGGAAUUCCAUCGGGGAGUCUAAACUCACCGGCAGCGGCACCAUCAUCAUCUGCAUGGGCUUUAACUCCCACAACUACAAGAGUGUUGGUGAUUUUCGUUACGCUAGCGCUGAAUGUGGCUUUGAGCAGCGCUUUGGGUGCUUUUUAGAAAAAGGCAAAAAAAAAAAAA